AUGUGGUGGCCAUUGGGUACCACAUCCUUGGGACAGCAUUUCCGUGUGCUGGUGGUCGGAGGUGGAGCAGCCGGAUUGGGUGCCAGUCACAAGUUUGCCAGAAAACUUCCUAAGUUCUCUGUUGCUGUCGUCGAGCCAAAUGAGGUGGGUUUGGCUAUGAUUGCUAAAAAGAGGAACUGCGCGGAAGGCUUUAUCUAUAAUAAAAGGAAUAGUGCUCCAGAUGACGAUGUGAACCACUACUACCAGCCAGGAUUUACGAUGGUUGGCGGCGGUUGGAUGACGGUAGAACAGAACACUAGGAAAGAGAAAGACCUUAUUCAUCCAAACUCGGUUUGGCUUCAAGAUCGUGUUGUGAAGUUUGAGCCUAAAAAGAAUUUGGUCAAGUUAGGAAACUUUUUUUAUAGAAAUGGCGAUGAGGUUACGUAUGACUAUAUGAUUUUGGCCACCGGUGUGCAGCUUCGAUGGGAUAUGAUCAAAGGCCUACCAGAAGCGUUCGAUACUCCUGGAGUUACCUCUAACUAUGCACCACAUCUAUGCACGAAAACUUACAAAGAGCUGAAUACUGUCACGUCUGGUAACUGUAUAUUUACCUUCCCGAACACUCCGAUCAAGUGUGCCGGAGCUCCACAGAAGGUGUGCUACUAUGGCGAAGAGAUUGUGCGUAAACGUGGUUACCGCGAUAAGACGAACUUCAUCUACGCCACUUCUUUACCACGGCUCUUCGGAAUAGAAGGAUAUCUAAAAUCGCUGCAGAAGAUUGCUAAAGAGAAGGGCGUCGACGUACGAACGAGACAUAAUUUGAUCGAAAUCGAUCCAAAAAAUAAAAUCGCCAAAUUUGAGCUGCUUGACGAGAACUGCAUGCCGAAUGGGAAAUUUUCUGAGAUACCAUACUCACUACUACAUGUUGCACCACCGUGCUCUACUCCACAGGCGGUACGAGAGUGUCGCGAGCUCACGGACGAAAAAGGCUGGGUUGAUGUGCAUCCUCAAACGUUAAGAUCUAAACACUUUCCGAACGUCUUUGCUGCGGGAGAUUGCAUGAAUACUGGCAACGCUAAAACAGCCGCCGCUGUUUCGAGUCAUCUGAAGACGGUUGGAAAGAAUCUGAGUGCCGUACUGGAAGGAAAGGAACCACCAGCACGUUAUGAUGGCUAUUGCUCGUGUCCACUGGUUAUUGGUCAUCACAAAGCAAUACUUGCCGAAUUCAAUGCGGAUGGACACCGAAUGGAAACAACACCUCUUGAUCAGGCUGUACCUAGGUAA